GUCGUAAUCAAUCAUAUGCCAAAUUUCGGAUUGUUUUGUAGGUUGGUUUUAUUUUUGUUGAUGGUGGUAUUUAUCGAAAAUUGAAAAGCAUGAUGAGAAAAUUAAAUUAUUGCAUUAUUUUCCAAGAAGAAGCAUCAAUUUUUAAUUAAAAUAACUAUAAUUAAUUUCAAAUAACGUAAAAAUCCAAACACCGGUCCACAAGGCUAUGAAAAUGAAGUUGGUGGACCCAGUAGUGCGAAGCUUUCGGGUGGCUAAAGUUUUUAGAGAAAACACUGACAAAAUAAACAGCAUCGACUUUUCUACCAACGGAGAAAUGCUGAUAUCGUGCAGUGAGGACGAUCAAAUUGUAAUUUACGACUGUGAAAAAGGGACCCAAGUUAGGACGGUGAACAGCAAGAAAUACGGAGUAGACCUGAUUCACUUCACACACGCCAAAAACACAGCCAUUCACAGUUCUACAAAGCUGGACGAUACUAUUCGUUAUUUGUCGUUACAUGAUAACAAAUACAUUCGCUAUUUCCCUGGUCACACGAAAAAAGUCGUAUCCCUCAACAUUUCUCCAGUGGAAGACACAUUUCUAUCUGGAUCUUUGGACAAGACACUUCGAUUAUGGGACAUGCGUUCGCCCAACUGUCAAGGUCUUAUGCAUUUAUCUGGAAGACCUGUAGCCGCUUAUGAUCCCGAAGGAUUAAUUUUUGCCGCAGGCGUCAACUCAGAAUGCGUGAAGUUAUAUGAUUUGAGGUCAUUUGACAAAGGACCAUUUAUAACUUUUAAACUAACCCUUGAAAAGGAAUGCGAUUGGACUGGUUUGAAGUUUUCCAGAGACGGAAAAACCAUUUUGAUUAGUACAAAUGGUUCACUUAUAAGGCUUAUUGAUGCCUUUAAUGGUACUCCUUUACAAACCUUCGCAGGUCACCUCAACAAUAAAGGCAUACCAAUAGAAGCAUGCUUCAGUCCAGACUCUCAAUUUAUCUUCAGUGGUUCCACAGAUGGUCGUGUCCACGUUUGGAACGCGGACACUGGUUAUAAAGUUUGCGUUUUGAAUGCAGAUCAUCCUGGACCAGUGCAAUGUGUCCAAUUUAAUCCUAAAUAUAUGAUGUUGGCUUCUGCCUGUACAAAUAUGGCUUUUUGGUUGCCAGCUGUCGAUGAUCCAUAAGAAAUUGGACUAUGCUUGCAGAGUGCGAUGCCAACAAGGGAGCACUUGAAUUAAAGAAUGUUUGGCUUUCAAAAUUAAACACAAGACAUUUAGCAUCGCACCACUCCCAACCUUCACAAGUCCUGCUCUAUUAUGCGCCGGUUUUUUAAUAGCAAGUCACCCCCAGGUUAAGUAUAACUCCAGGGUGAACAUUGCAACUGGACACGUUUAAAAAUGCCAUACAACAAUUUUAAUAAUUAAUUUUUUUUUUUAACUAUUUUUUGUGCUUAUUGUUUUCUUAUACAUAUUCAGAUAGUGUUGUAGAGUUUGUUUGAUGUUCACUUGUAAUAGUUAUGUCAUGUUCAAUUAUUUUAGCAGUUUUUAAUCCUUUUAGCAAGCCCUAUUGGCUAAUGUUACUAUUGUGACAAAUCUCAAUUGUUAGUCUACUGAUGUUAUCACUAAGUACUUUAUAUUAUUUUUUGUCUGACAUGUGUAAACACUAUAUUAUGUAAUUCACAUAAAUACAAUUUGAUUUGAUUUGAUUUACAUACUCCACAGAACUGAAAAUUUAUAUUCUGAGUUAUGCCAAUUAUUUUAAAAUGUAUGACCACCCAUUACUCUAAGGUGUAAAUCAGGCUGAAAAUUGACCAGUAGUAACGAACCUCCAGAUGGGUAGGUUGUUUUACUAAUCCGCAGGCUUGUUGGACAGAUUUUAAAAAUAUACAGUUCGUUUUGGACAGACGUGACAUAUUAUAUUUUAUAGAUUAUUGAUACUUUUAGUAGCAUGUAGCAUAAGUUAAAUUUUUAUAUAAAUUUGAAAUAUUUUUUCUCCUUUUUCGUUCAUUGAGCACAAAAUAGGUUACAAAUCCUUGGUUUUAAACUCUUGUUGAUUAAAUUGAAUUAAAACUAAUUCGUAAGUUACAAUGGCGCUCAUAACCUGAAAUUUUGAUAAAGAAAAUAAAAUCGCAUACUUUUUAUAAAAUAAACUUACUUUUAAUAUAAGGUUCCUUGUGAUUUUGAAAAAUCCUUUGCCGCUCAAUGCCAUUUCACUUGUAGACAAAUGCAUAACAAAUCUUUCUACUUCAAUAUUGUAGCAUGGUGAUGGUACAGUAGUUAAAAUCCCAGUGAUUUGUUCGUGUUCGUCGUAAACAGCUCCACCAAAAAUACAAACAGUUGUGACACGGAGAAUUAAAAGGAAAAAAGACACAUAAAAAUAGACUUUAUGAAAAGUGUCUUCAAUAGGGCGUAAACUCGUAAAUAAUUGUGUUAAGAUAUGGUAGAGGUUUGUAAAAAAUGAUGUUAUAAUAAACCAGGAAAGCUGUGUGUUUAUUAGAGCGCAAAGUCUGCAUAGUUUUGCAUAGUCUUCUCUGAUGACACGCCAAAGAUUUUCGUCUGAUACCUGAAAUUAUUAUCUUGAGAUAAAAGUUACAAUAAAAUUUUCUACAAGGUACUUCUGCUUUUGUCAUAAAAAUUAGUUUCUUUGAAAUUUGUUGCAAUCUGUAGUGGAAACAGACACUGAUAACUAUUAUAAAAACAUCGACAAAUGUCCAUAUAAAAGUUUUUUGAAAAAUAAACACCUAAAAAUAAUAAAUUACUAUUUAAACCAAGAAAUAAACUGAUAUGCAUUACCUGAAAAGCUAAUCCUGUCCAAAUAGAAUAAGGCACAUACGAAAAGAUUUCAUCUUCUUUACGAACAAAAUAAUCUUGAAUUGCAUCAUAGACACUUUGAGGAUAUUUCCUUAUACUAGCUGACAUAUCAUGAAUCAAUACCAUUAGAUGUUCAACUGCAAUAAUUUAAAGUAACAAAUAUUUUAAAAUAGGUACUUUGCUGAAAAGUUUUUCGCAUAGAAUGUUUUUAGGAUUUGAGUUAUGACGGCUGGUAAGAAAAAUGUGAAAUCAUACAACUAUGAAAAUAUGGGAGUAAUGUAACAUAACAGAAACCAGUUGAGG